AUGCAGCGGUCCCCAGACACGGCCCGGUUUUGGGUUCGAGGGCAGCGGUCCCCAGACACGGCCCGGUUUUGGGUUCGAGGGCAGCGGUCCCCAGACACGGCCCGGUUUUGGGGGCGAGGGCAGCGGUCCCCAGACACGGCCCGGUUUUGGGGGCGAGGGCAGGGAGCGAGCACCCCCAGCCGGGUUUCGGGCGGGCGUGAGGCGGCCCGUCCCCUCAUGGCGGGGGGCGGUGGCGCAUGCGCGGGGCGGGGGGCGGUGACGGCCGCGCCGGCGGAGGCAGCGGAGGCAGCGGCAGGGUCGCUCGGGGCCGGCGGGCAGCGGGUCCGGGUUCGGCUGCGCUCCGGGCCGGGCCGGGCUGGUCGCAACCGCCCAGCCAUGGGGACCCCGGGCGCUGGGCGAAAGAGGCUGCCGAACCGGGAGCGCCUGACGGCGGAGGACGAUGCGCUCAACCAGAUCGCCCGCGAGGCUGAAGCGAGACUCGCGGCCAAGAGAGCGGCGCGGGCGGAGGCACGGGAGAUCCGGAUGAAAGAGCUGGAGAGGCAGCAGAAGGAGAUCUAUCAGGUCCAGAAGAAAUAUUAUGGGCUGGAUACUAAGUGGGGAGACAUCGAGCAAUGGAUGGAAGACAGUGAGCGUUACUCCCGUAGAGCCCGAAGAAAUGCAUCGGCUUCGGAUGAAGAUGAGCGCAUGUCAGUGGGUAGCCGUGGAAGCCUGAGGACCAAUGGUUAUGAGGAAGACGUGUAUGGAUCAUCCCAGAGUAGAAAAUCUAGCAGGCCCUCCCUGCUGUACAGCGAUGCCCUGCCAGCCAGGACUUACAGGGCGUCUGUGUACGAGGAGAGCGUGUACAGCGGGAGCCGCCGCUAUAGUGCCCCCAGUUCCCGUGCUCCUUCCGAGUACAGCUGCUACCUUGGUUCGGGAUCUCGGGCAUCCUCCAGAGCCAGCUCUGCUCGGGCCAGUCCAGUGAUUGAGGAAAGGCCAGAAAAAGACUUUGAGAAGGGAGCAAGAACUGUCUCAAGUUUAUCUGCAGCCACUUUGGCUUCUCUGGGUGGGACAUCUUCACGGAGAGGCAGUGGGGACACGUCCAUCUCAGCUGACACAGAGGCAUCCAUCAGGGAAAUCAAGGACAUCUAUGAGUUAAAGGACCAGAUUCAGGAUGUAGAAGGCAAAUACAUGCAGGGGCUGAAAGAACUGAAGGACUCUCUAGCUGAAGUUGAGGAGAAGUACAAGAAGGCUAUGGUGUCAAAUGCUCAGCUGGACAAUGAGAAAACCAAUUUCAUGUACCAAGUGGACACCCUGAAGGACGCGCUCUUAGAGUUAGAGGAACAGCUGGCAGAAUCCAGGAGGCAAUAUGAAGAGAAAAGUAAAGAAUUUGAGAGGGAGAAGCAUGCUCAUAGCAUAUUGCAGUUUCAGUUUAUGGAAAUCAAAGAGGCUUUGAAGCAGAGAGAAGAAAUGCUUGCAGAAAUCCAACAGCUGCAACAGAAACAGCAGAGCUAUGUCAGGGAAAUUUCCGAUCUUCAGGAGACAAUAGAGUGGAAAGACAAAAAAAUAGGGGCACUAGAGAGGCAGAAAGAUUUCUUUGAUUCCAUAAGGAGUGAGCGGGAUGUCCUUAGAGACGAAGUGGUUGUGCUGAAGGAGCAACUGAAGAAACAUGGAAUAAUCCCAGACUCUGAUGUAGCCACCAACGGGGAGACAUCAGACAUUCUGGAUAAUGAAGGACACUUGGAUUCUUCCCGAACUGUCCCAGGCACCACUCAGGCAUUAAAGACAGGAGGGGAGGGGAUGCUAGACAGGCUGAAAAAGCUCAUUGAUGAACGGGAGUCCCUGCUAGACCAGAUUAAAAAAUUAAAGGGACAACUAGAAGAAAAGCAAAGGAAUGGCAAGAUGGAAAAUACACAGUCUGAAGAUGAAGUUCUGGAAAACGGGACAGAUAUGCAUAUGAUUGACCUCCAAAGAGAUGCCAACAGACAGAUCAGUGAUCUCAAAUUUAAACUAGCAAAAUCUGAGCAAGAGAUAACAGCAUUGGAGCAGAAUGUAAUACGACUGGAAGGCCAGGUAGCCCGAUACAAAACUGCUGCUGAAAAUGCUGAGCGAGUAGAAGAUGAACUGAAGGCAGAGAAACGCAAACUGCAGAGAGAGCUUCGUUCGGCGCUGGAUAAAACCGAGGAGCUGGAGGUCAGCAAUGGCCACCUGGUGAAGCGGCUGGAGAAGAUGAAGGCCAACCGGAGCGCUCUGCUGUCCCAGCAGUAACCACCCAUGGGAACCACCGCCGCUCGCAACCGGAACGAUGCCGCAGCCGCUUGUGUGUCCUGCUGCCCGGGACGCUUCGUGUCAUUGCCUUGUGAGACCAGGCCACCCCAACACCUGCUCCGUGCC